UUUCUAGCCCAAGUAAUGACUAGGUUGGCCCAAUUCUGCCUUAGCCCAAAUCGCUAGUAGGACUACAAGGAGAACCAAACCAAAAGUAACGAAGUCAGCCAGGCCAGUUCGAUCGUUUCCUCCAGAAUACGUUCCGUCGCCGUCUUUUGGUCUACUCCUUCUGGUACAGGCGAACGGCAGGUCGGCAGCAGCAGCACGGGGCGCCCACGCCGGGCACGCACAGGCAGGGGCGCCUGAAGCUGCAGGCUGCAGAAAAUGCGGAGGUAUUUGAUUAAAAGGCCAAGCCAUGGGACUGCGACAAGUACCAACACCGGGUCAGAAAACGAUGUGCAAAGCCCUAUGGAGGCGAGCCACAAUACUGAGUCGGAGAAUGAUGUGCAAAUCCCUAACAUGCAGCAAGAUCCCUCUCCUAAUGUAAAUGAGUUUAAUCCGGAUGAUAUUGUUUGUGAUCCAGCUCUUAGAAGGCAAAUUGCUUCAUAUUCUCCAGCAGUUCAAGAUCAAGUGAGGAGGGCAUACAUAUUAAAGGGACCUACCCAACCAGUAGUGAAAUAUCUUCGUACCGAUGGAAGGGCAUUUUCCCAAUCUUGGUUCAAAAGGUACAAUUGGAUUGAAUAUAGUGUGUCCGAACAUGCAGCCUUUUGUUUCUAUUGCUUCCUCUUUAAGAAUCCUGGAAGAUCUGAACGUUUUGGUUAUGAUGUCUUCACCAAAACUGGUUUUAAGGAUUGGAAGCAUGCCUAUAAAGCUUUACCGGAGCAUAUUGGUGGUGUGGGAAGCGAUCACAAUAAUUGUGUUCUCCAUUGUGAUGCUUUGAAAAAUCAAAACCAAAGUGUGGCAACUAAAUUGGCUAGAGUCACGGAUGAAUCAAAAGAGCUAUAUAAAAUCCGUUUGACUUCUUCUCUAGAGUGUUGUAGAUAUCUCAUGGCACAAGGUUUAUCUUUUCGUGGCCACGAUGAAUCAUCCACUUCUUUGAACAAAGGCAACUUUCUAGAGAUGAUUGAUAUGUUGAAAGAUGGCAAUGAGAAAAUAAGAGAUGCUUUUGAUCGCGGUGGAAGGAACUGUCAAAUGACUUCCGGUGAGAUACAAAAGGAUCUUGCAAGGUGUUGUGCGGAAGAAGUCACCGAAGUGAUUAUGGGAGACCUUGGUGAUAAACAAUUCUCCGUUCUUAUUGAUGAGUCACGUGAUAUAUCCGUGAAAGAACAAAUGGCGGUAAUGUUGAGGUACGUGAGCAAUGAAGGGAAAGUUGUGGAACGUUUUCUUUGUCUAUAUCAUAUCAAAGAUACUACAUCAGAGGCACUAAAGUUAGCUCUUAUUAUGAUUCUUGAUCAUUACAAACUUCCAAUUUCAAGGCUUAGAGGGCAAGGAUAUGAUGGAGCUUCAAACAUGAGAGGUGAAUUUAAUGGCUUGCAAAGAAAAAUUCUAGAUGAGAACCCAUAUGCCUUCUAUGUGCAUUGUUUUGCUCAUCGUCUGCAGCUUGUAGUGGUCGCUGUUGCUACUUCUUCUUGCUCAUAUAUUCAUGAUUUUUUUUUAGUAUGUAUCACUGAUUGUAAACACAACAAGUUCAUCAUGCAAGAAGAUGGAAUUAUUGAUGGAAGAAGCCCACAAAGCCAUUUUGGAUAAGCUUGAGAGGGGUAAAUAUC